AUGGUAUCCGAGCGAGGUGACGAUAAGGCAAAAGAGGUUACGCCAAAGACAUCAGAUGAAGGUGGCGAAGAAACAGAAAAGGUCCAACAUGGUAAGGCAACAUCAAAUGCAUCAGAAGUUUUGCCUGGUUGCAUAGAUGUGAUGUCGCCUUAUUUUUUACUUGCUUCAGAUGCUCCCGGACACGUUCAUGUCACCAAACUCCUUCGUGAUGGCAACUACGGGGAGUGGGUAAACGAUAUGCUUGAUGCGUUGUUUGCUAAAAACAAGAUGGGGUUCGUUGAUAGAUCCAUACCUAUGCCAACACCCGAUUCACCAUAUUUACAACAAUGGAUGCGUUGUAAUGCUAUGGUGAAAGGUUGGUUAAAAAAUGCUAUGGAAAGGGACAUGAGGAAUAGCGUGAGAUACGCUAAUAUUGCCAGGGACAUUUGGGUUGAUUUGGAAGAAAGAUUUGGAAAGGGAAGUGCGCCUAGAGCCUUUGAAAUAAGGCGAGCAGUUGUACUCCUGCAACAAAAAAAGGCUCCAGUUUCAACAUAUUACACAAAACUUAAGAGCCUUUGGGAUGAGAUGAUGGCCAUCUCACCACUACCAAAGUGUCUAUGUAGGUGA